AUGCGUUUCUCCCUCAUCGCCGUCCUGACUCUCGCCGCCGCCAUGCAAGAUGUCCUUGCGUCGCAUUGCCGAAUCGCCGACGUCGCAGGGGACUGCUGCUGGGGUGGCAACAACGGGCGGGACGCCUGUCUGAGACACAGGACCGGGGCCAACGUGUGCCGAUCUCCCAAUAUGGCUUACAACUUCUGCCGGAACGUGUACAGAACGGGUCCGGACGGAAAACAGAUCGCCAUCAGCGAGACCUGCGACGCUGAUUGCUGCAAUACCAUCACUGGGGAGGGUAUUGGUUGCCCGAAGUAG